CUGAUUGGUCGCUUGGAAUUGAAGCACUAGAAUUUAUCUACCAAAAUUAUCUUAUCCACUCUUUCAUAUCCAAAUCACAGAACCCAUUGUGUUUUUGUUUUCAAAAAAGUCAUCAUCAACUCCUUAUAUAUCUUCACACAUUCACUGAAAGUUCCUUCAGUCCCAAAAGUUCAUCAAUUUGAAGGUGCUCUCAUCCAUGGCUCUCCAGUCUGCUGCUGCUGCUACUCUGCUUCCUUCUGCAUUCUCCAUCCCCAAAGAGGAAAUGUGGUACUUGUUGCAGAGCAAGUCAAGUGCAUAUUUGAAGAAUUCCACUCUCUUGGGAAUUUCACUCUCUGAUCAUGUCAAAGCUGAUUCCAGCUCUUGUUCAUUGAGAAUCAAGAGGGACUGCAACCAAAGAAACCUUGCAAUUCAAGCAGUGGCUACAACUCCAGCAAUCAACGUAUCCACCCCCGAGGCCAAAAAAACCCUGCGAAAGGGCAGUGUCGUGAUCACAGGAGCAUCCUCCGGCUUAGGCCUCGCCACCGCCAAAGCCCUAGCUGAAACCGGCAAAUGGCAUGUUAUCAUGGCCUGCAGGGACUUCCUGAAAGCCGAGAGAGCAGCCAAGUCAGCCGGCAUUGCCAAGGACAAUUACACCGUCAUGCAUUUGGACCUAGCGUCGCUUGACAGUGUCAGGCAGUUUGUUGACAACUUCAGGCGAUCGGGGCGGCCUCUCGAUGUGCUGGUCUGCAAUGCAGCUGUGUAUCUGCCUACUGCCAAGGAGCCUACUUUUACUGCUGAUGGGUUUGAGCUUAGUGUUGGGACUAAUCAUCUUGGACACUUUCUUUUGUCAAGGUUGAUGAUGGAGGACUUGAAGCAAUCCGAUUAUCCGUCAAAAAGACUCAUCAUUGUCGGUUCGAUUACAGGUAACACAAACACCCUGGCUGGAAAUGUGCCUCCAAAGGCCUACCUAGGGGACAUGAGGGGGCUUGUUGGGGGUUUGAAUGGCCUGAACAGCUCGGCAAUGGUCGACGGUGGCGAAUUCGAUGGCGCCAAGGCAUACAAAGACAGCAAGGUCUGCAACAUGCUCACCAUGCAAGAGUUCCACCGUCGCUACCACGAGGAAACCGGGAUCACAUUCGCUUCUCUUUACCCGGGUUGCAUUGCCACCACAGGCUUGUUCAGGGAACACAUCCCCUUGUUCCGGAUCCUCUUCCCUCCAUUCCAGAAGUACAUCACAAAGGGUUUUGUAUCCGAAGAAGAAUCCGGAAAGCGACUUGCUCAGGUUGUGAGUGAUCCGACUUUGACAAAGUCCGGUGUCUACUGGAGCUGGAACAAGGACUCAGCCAACUUUGAGAACCAGCUGUCUCAAGAAGCCAGUGAUGUGGAGAAAGCUCGUAAAGUAUGGGAACUUAGUGAGAAACUUGUUGGUUUGGCAUAAAUGGCGGCUUCGAGAUGAGAUUCUUAAAAUCAGACUAAUCUCGUGGAGGUAGAGGACUUCACUGAGUAUUGGGAUCCUGUUGUGAGUGUAGAAUUUAGUUAUGUUGCUGUGCCUCGGUAUAAGCCAGUGUGGAUAAUAAAAUCAGUCGCCUUGUUUUCUUCUAGCAAUUUAUUUGGUUAGUUUCAGCA